AUGGCUUGUGCCGAGCAGCCUAUUAAGAAGCGUCGGCUGUAUGAGACAAUCCCUGAAUCGCAGCCUCCGCCACCGCAAGUAGAAUCCGCAUCCCCUUCUACGCUCGUGAGCUCGUUCCCCGCUCCGGUGACGCCGCCGCCUCCAUCUCAGGAGGAGAUUCAAACCAGAAGCAGGAACAGAGAAGAGAUUCGAAGAGUGCAUGAGUGUUAUAAGCGUCUCAAAUCUUGUAUUGGUCAGAGAGAUAGCAGGCGCUCUGCUAGUCUUGAGCAAGCGUAUCGCUCCCUCAUCUCUGCCUCUAGAGGUUGUACUAGUGUUAAGCGUCUUGUGGCUGAUCUUGUUCCUCGAUAUGCACUGUACUGCCCUAAUGCUGUCGGCGAUUCAGUGCAAGCUGUCAUCGACAUGCAUAACUUCAGCUUAGAAGCACUAAAGAGAGGACAAGAUGCUGAUGGUGUUGCUUUUCAAACUGCUAAAGCCUGCAUAUUUGGUCUUGUUGACCUAUGUUCUGCUGCUUCUUCAAAUACAACAUCAUCCCCAGGGGCUCGGGAUAUCUGCUGUGCUGUGUUCAGAAAUGUGUUAGCCUUCUUUGUGCUGUCCUUUGAAGACAAAGAUAUCUUCCAGAUAGUUGAGAAGAGCGAUUUCAAGGUGCAAGAUCCUGAUGAAGUAUUUGCCCAGCUGAUGCAAAAACUCUCAGAUGGAAACUUGUUACCUUUGGUCAAACUAUCCCAGUUCCGUGUUUUAGCUUUGCUGAAAGUAUUUUUCAAUUUCCCUAAAAAUUCGAUUGCCACUUGUUUUGGAUUCUUCAAUUCGUCAUCAACGGAGGAUGUAGCCACGGGGAGGUAUCUCAUUACUCAUAUGACAUAUAAGAUUGAUGAUAUUGAUGGCGCUAGUAAUGAACCUGAAGCAGAAGAGAAUUCUGGUCAGACAGGUUCUAACAAAACCGAGGUUACUGUUAAGAAUGAGGAAGGGAUGAGUGCGAUCCCAGAAGCAUCCAACAGUCUAAAGAGCUGCUUGUUAGGAAUGGUUCUUAGGAAGAGUCCCUCUAUUGGUAGGUGGGCCUUCUUUAAGUAUAAGAAAAUAUGCAGCCUGUCAUCCUUCAUGGAUAUAUCCAGUGCUAUUCCUUCUCUAGAGGGAAUCUUUGAGUUUAUUGGAAAAGAUGUCAAGUUAGAAGAUUGUCAAAUGGAGAAUGACGAGGAUGAUUAUGGGAAAUUUUCAGCUUCCAAUGUGAAACCUCACAGUUCUGCAGAAAAUGAUGUCCGCUCUAGUGCUGGAUCUGUUUAUGAUGCUGGAGGUUCACGAUCCAUGGAUUUUGAUACUGUUGACCAGAGAGACUUGUCAUGCGGUAGAUCUUCAGUCCCUAGGGGAUUUAUAAACCAUCAGACACCAUCUCCUUCUGCAAGAGUGCCUUCAGAUGGUAGGAACAAUUUCGUUCUUGCAGGAUCACCUGCUUAUCAAGCAGCACCGGUAGGCCCUUUAUCAGGACAAAUCGUUUGGUAUUUGGAUGGGGACCCCUCUGCAUAUGACAUUUUCCCGGCUUCAAGGCAGCUGUGGUUAGGGUAUUUAGGACCAGAUGAAACUGAAGGUCAUCUAAGGUUUCAGCUUGAUAGGUACGGCCCAGUGGACCGUUUCUUUUUUGAUCCAGUGAAAGGAUUUGCCCUAGCUGAGUAUAGAAGUAUAGUUGAUGCAAUCAGAGCUCGUGAAUACCUGCGAGCGCAAUUCCCUUGGCGCGUUAAAUUUAUGGAUAUAGGAGUUGGUGCAAGGGGAUCGUUGAAUGGGGUGGCGUAUGGUUAUUGUACUCACUUGUAUAUAGGAAGCAUCUCUAGCCAGUGGGAGAGGGAUGAAAUUGUCCAUGAGUCACGGCAAGCCCUUUAUAAGGGACCUCGCAUGGUGACUGACCUGUACUAUGAACAUGCCCUUCUGAUGGAGUUUGAUACACCUGAUGAUGCUGCCAUUGUUAUGGCCCAUCUCAGGUUUUUUCGCGGAGAAAAGAGUAAAUUUCACUUGGCAUCAAUCAAUCAUCCUGUGCCUCAUGAAGAUGGAGCAAGUCAUCCAGAGAGGCACCUUCAAGUACCUUCCACAUCAAAACCGGAUAGUGGAUCAGGGGAAUAUGUGUCCCCCUUAAUGAGUACGGAUAACCGCUGUAAUUCUGUACCUCCUGGAUCUACCUUUCAGCAAAAGUGGCCUGCUUCUGGUGGCACUCUUGUGCAUCCUACACAAGGUGUCUCAGGAAAUCCUUCAUGUGUGGCCAUGCCAGCUCCAGGACAGCCUGCUACACCGACAUCUCAAAUUCCCCCAUCUCCGUUUGCUCAACAACCCAUUUACCCUCCUCCAAACAGCUCAUGGGAUUCAAGAUCUCAAGGCCACCACAUCUCUCCUAGUGCUAAUGCAAUAGCAACAUCAUCACAGACUCAAGGACCUCCACCGCAGUAUGUUUCAGCUCCAUUGAUGCCACCUCCCGUGCCUCCAGUCUCUCAGGCACAAGGACCUCAAGUUCAGCAUUUUGAUCAGGUGUAUCCACCUCCGCCUUUAGGACAUUCAUUACCCUCCGCAACACAUCCACCACCACCACCAGAAAUAAUGCCGCCUCCUCCUCAAGCCCUACCACCUCCUUUACCUCAGUCACACCCACCUCCUUUGCCUCACUCACACCCGCCUCUAGUUCCUCCUCCUCCUGGUUCUCCACCGUCGCCCCCAUCCUUACCUCCAAUGGUCAGACAGUUUUCUGGACCGGAGGCUUCCAAGCAGAACAUAGAGCACCAUUGGCAGGGUGCUUUGUCCAAAAGUGGAGUUCAUUACUCCACGAUCAUUGCACAGAGAUUGGAAUCAGACAUUUGCAAAUAUAUCAACGGUUCUUCAGAGCCUGUGCAAUGGCCAGUUAAAUUGGAUAUGACCAAGCGCACGGAUAUGAAGAAUGUAAAAUCUACUUUUACGAAUACACAGCCACACAGAAGAGAGGUUUGUCAGUUAAUUCCGGCAACUUUCAACGAUCGUAAAGGGCUCCAAGAUUUCAUAUCAUACUUGAAGCAGAGAGAUUGUGCAGGAGUGAUAAGGAUCCCCGCAGCAAGUCCCAUAUGGGCAAGGCAUCUCUUCAUUCUUCCCUACUCGCAAGAGAUAUGUUCGUUGCUUUCGGUUUCCCCGAGUUCCUCUGAAUGCUUGAUCGGUUUGGUUUUGCCCAAGGAAUCAAACUCGUGA